AUGACUACAGACAAUGCCAAAGCGCAGCUGACUUCGUCCUCAGGGGGCAACAUCAUUGUGGUUUCUAACAGACUGCCUGUGACCAUUAGCAAGAACAGCAGUACGGGCCAGUACGAGUACGCCAUGUCGUCCGGGGGUCUGGUGACGGCGCUGGAGGGGCUGAAGAAGACAUAUACUUUCAAGUGGUUCGGAUGGCCCGGGCUUGAGAUUCCGGAUGACGAGAAGGAGCAGGUGAAGAAGGAUUUACUGGAGAAGUUCAACGCGGUGCCCAUUUUCCUGAGCGACGAGAUUGCGGACUUGCACUACAACGGGUUCAGUAACUCGAUUCUGUGGCCGUUGUUCCACUACCACCCAGGUGAGAUCAAUUUCGAUGAGAAUGCGUGGUUGGCGUACAACGAGGCCAACCAGACGUUCACCAACGAGAUUGCCAAGAUCAUGAACCAUAAUGACUUGAUCUGGGUGCACGACUACCAUUUGAUGCUGGUUCCUGAGAUGCUGAGAGUCAAGAUCCAGGAAAAGCGUCUGCAAAACGUCAAGGUCGGGUGGUUUUUGCACACGCCCUUCCCAUCCAGUGAAAUCUACAGAAUCUUGCCCGUCAGACAAGAGAUACUGAAGGGGGUCUUGAGUUGUGACUUGGUCGGGUUCCACACGUACGAUUACGCAAGACAUUUCCUCUCCUCCGUGCAGAGGGUUCUCAACGUGAACACGUUGCCCAACGGGGUAGAGUACCAGGGCCGGUUCGUUAACGUGGGGGCCUUCCCCAUCGGUAUCGACGUGGACAAGUUCACCGACGGGUUGAAGAAGGACUCUGUUCAAAAGAGAAUCCAGCAACUGAAAGAGACCUUCAAGGGCUGCAAGAUCAUAGUCGGUGUCGACAGACUAGAUUACAUCAAGGGUGUUCCGCAAAAGCUGCACGCCAUGGAGGUGUUUCUGAGUGAGCAUCCGGAGUGGAGGGGCAAGGUCGUCCUCGUACAGGUCGCAGUGCCCAGUCGUGGGGACGUGGAAGAGUACCAGUACCUGAGGUCUGUGGUCAACGAAUUGGUCGGCAGAAUCAACGGCCAAUUCGGUACCGUGGAGUUCGUCCCCAUUCAUUUCAUGCACAAGUCCAUCCCCUUUGAAGAGCUGAUCUCCCUAUACGCCGUAAGUGACGUGUGUUUGGUCUCCUCCACCCGUGACGGUAUGAACUUGGUCUCUUACGAAUACAUCGCAUGCCAAGAAGAAAAGAAGGGUUCUUUGAUUCUGAGUGAAUUCACUGGUGCCGCUCAAUCCUUGAACGGCGCCAUCAUCGUCAAUCCUUGGAACACCGACGACCUAUCUGAUGCCAUCAACGAAGCUUUGACUUUGCCUGAUGUAAAGAAGGAGGUCAACUGGGAAAAGCUAUACAAAUACAUCUCGAAGUACACUUCUGCGUUCUGGGGUGAAAAUUUCGUACACGAAUUAUACACCACGUCAUCGAACUCAACAAGCUCUUCCGCUAUCAAAAAUUGA